AUGAGUCGAACUGAUGAGGAGAAUCCUGGGGUCCAGGCUGGACGGAGCCGGGACUCAUCGAUGGAUGUUGAGAAGCUCGGUCGUCAACGACCUGAAGUGUUUAAGUCAAUAUGGGCCGAACUAGGAUUUGGUUUCUCUGUUUUCUGCUCGAUGCUAAUGGCUGAAUUCUUCGUCAGUGGAUUUCAUGUUAUCCUUCCACCAUUAGCCGAAGAACUCAAUAUCCCAGCUGCAUCACAAACAUGGCCUUCAAGCGUCUUCUCCCUCAUCACAGGAGCCAUGCUUCUACCUAUGGGCCGUCUAAGCGAUAUGUAUGGCGGAUACAUUGUCUUUAAUGGUGGUCUCCUGUGGUUCUUGCUCUGGGCUCUCAUUGCUGGUUUCAGCAAGAACUACAUGAUGCUUAUCUUCUGCCGAGCUCUUCAAGGUUUUGGCCCUGCUGCAUAUCUUCCUGGUGGCGUUAUGCUGAUGGGCAAGUUCUAUCGUCCUGGACCUCGAAAGAACCUCAUCUUCGCUUUAUACGGAGCAUUUGCACCGCUAGGAUUCUUCUUUGGUAUCUUUGUUGCAGGUCUGACAGCAGAGUUUCUUGAUUGGCGCUGGUACUUUUGGAUUGGCACUAUCGUUUUUGCUGUCGUUUCUACAGUUUCACUUCUCGCUGUACCCUUCGACUACCGCGACAGAAAUACCGAUAUCCCUAUGGACUGGUGGGGUGUUGGAACUAUUGUACCAGGCCUUCUCCUCGUUGUCUACUCUCUAACAGAUAGUUCGCAUGCUCCCCACGGCUGGGCUACACCCUAUAUCAUUGUCACAUUGAUACUCGGUGUCAUGUUCCUCGCCAGCGCAUGGUACGUCGAAACGCAUAAAGCCCGAGUUCCUCUAUUGCCAGCCGACCUCUUUGCGCCCAAGGGAAUGAAUCGUUUGCUAGCCGUCCUCUUUAUGGCUUUCGGCACCUUUGGGCUCUUCCUCUUCUAUUCGAGCUUCUAUAUGGAGUUGGUAUUACAUAGGUCACCACUCAUCACUGCCGUCUGGUACAUUCCAAUGUGCGUUGGUGGUCUUAUCAUCGGCACCGUCGGAGGCUUCACAUUACACUUCCUGCCAGGACGAGUGUUGCUUUUCAUCUCGUCACUGGCCAAUGCGAUUACCAUGUUGCUGUUCGCCCUCAUGCCUGAAAAUCCGAACUACUGGGCUUGGGUUUUCCCAGCAAUGGUCUGCUGUACUAUCGGCAUCGACAUCACUUUUACCGUUAGUAACAUCUUCCUGACGACCAACAUGCCGAGCCAUCGACAGGGACUCGCGGGAGCUUUGAUCAACAGUGUUCUAUUCCUAGGAAUCAGUUUCUUCCUCGGUAUUGCAGACAUUGCGGUUGCAGAGACGGCGAACCUGGGACUUCGAAAGAGCUAUAAGGUGGCUUUCUGGCUAGCCUUCGGCGUGGCAUCGAUUCCGUUACUCUUCAUCCCGUUCAUUCGGAUUGGGUCCGCUAAGAGCGAACUCACGAUGGACGAGCGGCAGAGAUUGGAGAAUUCAGGCCCAUCCGUGGGAGAGUCGGAGGCGGAGGGGGAAGCAGAGACACGACCUCAACCGCAGGAGCCGAAGACUUGA